CACGUGGAGUGGUUGGCUACAAGUGCACUUUCUACGAUUGCUGCCUCUCUCAAAUGUUCAGAGAUCAGCGCAACGAAAAAGACCAUUUCGUACUGACUUUACAAUGACUGAUGUUGAUGAUGCAGCGUUGGUUAGAAAUCUGAGUAAAAAGAAGAAGAAGAAAAAGAAGAAAGAUCAUGACGUGGUAGAGGAGAAUGUUACCAACUCCACGAGAAAACAUAAGAAAAAGAAACGAGCAGACGACAGCGAACAAGAAAAUGCUGAGGAUUCAGACAACAUAACCGACGAAUUAUAUAAAAGGAAAAAGAAGAAAAAGAAAAGCAAAGGAAAUGAUGAUGAAGAUGAGAUCGUUGUGUCUCCGGUAGUGAAGAAGAAAAAGAAGCACAAGGAAAGAGAAAUUAUAGAGACAAAUGAAGAUGCUCAUCAAAAAGAAAAUUGUGAGCUUAAAAAGAAACGAAAGAAAAGUAAAAAAUGCACGGAUUUAAAAGAAGAAUUGACUGAUAACACUGACAUUAUUGAAAGUGAAAUCCCAAAAAAGAAGAAAAAGAAAAGACGGUGCGAUGGAAGUGAUAAUAGUUCCCCCGAGUGUAAAAAGCCAAAGUCUUUGACAGAAACGAUUACUGCGCCUGACGAGGAGUCUAUCCGUGUCAAGAAGAAGAAAAAGAAAAAGAAGCAUUCUACGGAAGACAGAGAAACCUCACAGGAAGAGGACAUGUCACCAAACAAAUCGAAAAUGGACAUUACAUCUAGUGGUCGUGUUGAGGAAAAUGUAGGUAAAUCUCAAGGGACUGAACCUAUUGUUGGCCAGUGGGGUACAUCAUCUCUUGGAAAUGAUGCAAGGCAACAGAAAUUCCUGCGACUCUUAGGAGGCUUCAAGAAAACUGACAACGCCAACUCUUUGGGGACAAACAAACCCAAAGGACUUUUUGGAAGUCUGAAAAGCACACCAACUAAUAUGAGUAUGUCUUCACACGGAGGAAAUAAAGCCAUGGAUUCUAAACAGGAGAGACUUUAUCAAAUGAACAUGGAAAAGGACUAUGAGAGGGCAAUGUCAAUGAAUCUGAAUAGGGGUAUAGGUUUAGGGUUCGAGAAGCCGCCUGGUGAAGGUAAAAAGUUCUACAUUGACCCUAAAGCAUCCAAGUCGAUAAAGUUUGAUGAUUGAUACUAAAUAGCAUAUGUAUUUUUAUUGUGCUUUGUCGUUUGUAUAUUAUGCAAGACAUCCUUGUAUGUCUGUGCCAUGUGGCAAAAAGAAUUGCAGAUCCUCCUUGUUUUGUGAUUAAUUAUUGAAAUUUCAGCUGUAAAAAAAAUAAGUUUUACGAAUACAGUGUUUCUUAAACCAGUGUUUAUACCUGUUGAAUAUUACUUUUCUAAUUGUGCUAGUGAAUAAUAAUUUUUCCGAGAUUUGGCAUUAUAUUCUGAAAUGUGAGUUUUAAAGUUAUGACAUGAAAUAUUUUCUUUCACCUUUAAGCUGCAAGGUAGAUGGACAAUUAAUACGUAAUAUUUUCUUGAAAGCAUCAAACUUUCCAAUGAAGAGUUAUCUUUUAAGGGUUUCAUUAGCCUUAUUGAAGAUUAAUUGGCUAACUGUAUACUGCAACCCAAAAUCUGGUGUUAUGUAUGGAGAAGAACAAAAAUAAACACAAACAAUCCAACAAUUUUAAUCGUUAAUCUGGUACAAAACAAUCUAGUUUACAUCAAAACGAAUACAUACAUGGAGACUGGGCAAAAAUUGGUUUGCA